CGCUGUCCGGGUGUGUGCGGGGUACCCAAGUUCUCUGGCACGGUCUGUGAUGGGUACCCGGAUUCUCUGUCACGGUCUGUGGGGGGGGGGGUGCAAAAUUUCUACCCUAUACACUUCAACACUCCUUUCAGAUCGUGUUUCACAGAAUGUGUCCCCUAUAAUCUUCUAUCGAUUACUGAAAACCCGCAGAUCGCUAUGACUUUUCGUUAAAAAGCGAGAAGAUUUUUUUUCCACCGGCCUUCUUUUAAAAUUCCGAUAGUAGUUAAGUUAAAAUUUGUACGUCUUAUAAUCAUCAACGAUUGCCUUGACUUUAUUACUCAUUUAUCAUUUGUACGUGAUCAAGUUGGAAAAUUCCAACUUGUUUAAUAUCAAGGAUUGCUUUGUAUGUGCAUAGAAAAAAAACAGCUAUUUGAGUCUCUUUCUCUCUUCUAAUCCAACCAACCAAAUUGGUUAAAGGAAAGACAAAAAUAUUGUCGUAUUGGAUAAAAAAAAAACAACUUGCAUCACUCCACUCUAUUAAGUAAGCAUUCUAUAGACAGCAAGAGCUAAAUAAACGAAGUUGAAAGACACACUCUUUUCAAUUUAUCAACGACAAAUGGGAAAUAAAUACUCCACUCAAACAGGUCACUCAGCAACGGUUGUGAAGGAACAAAGCUUGGUUAGUUUAAAUACACAAGAAUCAACCGUAAUACUCAUCUGGUAUGAUCCAAAGAUGAACUCAGAUUUCGACCAUGAAAAGACAAAAAGAAUGAUCUCGAAGAUAAUAAAUAAUGCAUUAUUCUACGCUUUGGAAACUGAAUUUUUAAAUUAUAUAGAAACAGAUAAACAUACUUCUGUCGUUCUCAUCUUAUCCGGUCAUGUGGCUCGAGAUAUUCUUCUUAGAGUUAAUCAUCUGAAGUACAUUCAAUCUGUACAUAUUUAUGGUGAUGACAACGAAAAGUCAAAGUAUCAGUCUCUAAAAACUGAUUUUCGUCCUAAGGUGAAAUCAAUUUCUAGUGAACGAUAUGAACUGAGAUUUGUGCUCGAAACAACUUUAAACCACUUGAAUGUUUUUAGUUAUUAUAACAGUGUUACACUGAGAUCAACUUGGGAUCUAUCGACGAGUAACACUGAAUUCAUAUGGUUUCAGUUGCUACAACAGAAAAUCUUUUUGGAGCAAGACAUUCACACUAUACAGUCUAAAUUUGAUUUUAUUCAACGAUGUCGAGAAUAUUUAGGUGAUGAUUAUGAAACAGAUCAAAAAUAUCUCAACUACUUAGAAAAUCAAUAUCAACCAAAAUAUGCCAUUCGAGAAUAUACAAAAUGCAAUUUUUUACAUAAGUUAAUCAAUCAUGCAAUUAGAACUGGUGAUGUAGAAGAGUUAUAUCACUUUCGUUAUUAUGUUGCUCAUCUCUGUACGAACCUAGCUAAAUUAUCCGAACGAUUCCGAAGUAAACAACAGAGAUUGGGAAAGACUGUGCUCACACUCUAUCGUGGUCAACAACUCUCACGAGAAGAAGGAGAGCGACUUCGUACAAGUGGAAAUAAAUACAUUGCUAUGCGUGGUUUUCUAUCAACGACCUUAGAUCGAAGAGUAGCCGAGGAUUUUGCUGAAUCCUCACCUGAAAAUUUGGCCGUCUUAUUUGAAAUCACAGUUCAUUUAGAUCAAGUACCAUCAAUGAUUUUAGCUGAUAUAUCGAAGUAUAGUGUAAAUUCACAUGAGAAAGAAAUUCUGUUUGGUUUAAAUGCAACCUUUGAAGUUGAUGAACAGGUUCAGAGUGAUUGUGGUCGAUGGAUUAUACGAAUGCAUGCAACAAAUUGUGAACAGGAAAUCGUGAUUGACUAUAUACGAUAUCUUCAGUCAGAAACAUCAAACGUUUCUUCGUCAUCUUCGAUCCCGAUCAAUUUUAUAUUGGCUCGAUUCCUUGUAGAAAUGGGUGAAACUGUGAAAGCAGUCAAACUUUUAGAAAAAACUAUUCCAACUACAGAUGAUGAACGAGCAAAUCUGUAUUUCAUUUGGGCUGAUGCAAAGAUAUCAUCAUAUCAUUUAGUAGAGCAUGCAUUCGAUGAGGCAAUACGGUUAUUGAAGAAGUCAGAAGAGCUAUUCAUCUCAUUGGAUAAUAAACUUGGUCAAGCUCACACUUUCAGACGUUAUGCUGAUGCACAAGUUCUAAAUGAAAUGUAUGACGAAGCCAUCCACUCUUAUCAACGAGCAAAGCAGCUGUACAAAGAAAUACCUGGUCAAAAGGAAAAUAUUGCUAGUUGUUGUAAUGGCUUAGCUGACGUAUAUCUAGCAAAACGCAAGUAUACAAAAGCCUAUAUCUAUUACUCAAAAGUAUUAACGUGGCGACAGGCUUAUCUAUCAGAUGAACAUCCGGCAAUUGCACGAAGCUACUAUAGUUUAGGACGUUACUACCACUUAAAAGGAAAUAAUAAUGAAAAUGCACUGCGUUUUGUAACGAAAGCAUUGGAACUUAAAAAGAAGAUUUAUCCGCCGAGCCAUCCAUCGAUCCAAUGUAAUGAACGUCUUCUAAAAGAAAUUCAAGCAGCUUUGGCACGAUAA